AUGUCGCGUGCCUCCUCUAGCACGGCCAGCAAUGACGAUGCUCUCGAGCUAGAAGCUGCUGGCUACGCCCAGUCCAUGCCGCGACGCUUCUCGCUUUGGUCCCUCGGCGCUUUAUCGUUUACUUUAACCUGUACAUGGCUCGGAACCGGAUCUUCAAUCGGAAUCAGCUUGACUGAGGCAUCUUCCGCAGGGACCUUAUGGUCGUUACCUAUCGCUGGCGUAAUGACUACUAUUGUCUCGUUGGGGAUGGCGGAACUUGCAUCGGCGUAUCCUGUUGCCGGGGCGCAGUACUAUUGGUCCUUUAUGGUUGCGCGGGACGACUACAAACCUUUCGCAUCAUAUCUAAACGGCUGGAUGAGUGUUAUCGGUUGGUGGCUUGCCUCAAGCUCAGUCUCCAACUUCGUCUCAUCUAUGAUCCUCGAUAUCGUCGGCGCAUGGCAUCCAGACUGGGAUCAAAAGCGAUGGCAUCAAUAUUUGAUAUACGUCGCUCUCAUUUGGAUCGCCACAGCCGCCAAUAUCUUCACGGCGCAGUGGAUUCCUCUCUUCAACAAGAUGGUCUUUAUCUUAUCGGUCCUAACUCUCAGUGCGACUACGAUAACACUCUUUGUCGUAACGAAGGAUCAUGCGUCAGCCGAGUUCAUCUUCACCGAUACUACCAACCGGACUGGCUGGUCCAGUGACGGUUUCGCAUUCAUGUUGGCCGUUGGUAAUGCUGUUUAUGCAUUUCUAGGAAGUGAUUGCGGUGCUCAUCUCUGUGAAGAGAUACCCAACCCAGCCAAGAAUGUACCAAAGGUCAUGAUAUAUCCGUUGCUCAUGGGUUUACUAACCGCAUUCCCUUUUGCAACGUCUCUUAUGUAUGCGAUCUCUGAUAUCCCAGCCGUACUCAACACUAUAACUGGGUUGCCACUGUUUGAGAUAUACUAUCAAGGAACUGGCUCUCGGCCCGCCGCGUCAGUGCUGAUGUCGCUGUUCGCCUUGUGUUUCUUCGCUAAUCUGGUCGCCAAUGGUAAGACUACCUGUCAUGACAAAGUCGGUGCUAACUCUAUAGCGACAACUUCGUCACGUACGCUCUGGGCCGUUUCGCGUGACGGUGCCUUGCCAUACUCACAGUUUUGGGGCCGCGUUCAUUCAAGGUUCCAAGUUCCCGUCAACGCACUCCUUCUUUCUGCUGUUUUCAUUACUCUAUACGGUCUCAUUUUCCUUGGUUCUUCAACCGCAUUUUCUGCCAUGGUCAGCGCGGCCAUUAUCUUUCUCCAAACUUCCUGCGUCAUUCCCCAAGCUGUUCUCCUUUACCGAGGGCGUGAUCGUGUCUUGCCACUUCGGUACUUCAGUCUCGGUAGAUACGGCGCUGCCAUCAACGGCAUCUCAGUCGCAUGGGUAGUAUUUCUCGAUAUGCUGUACUGUUUCCCGACUACCAUGCCUGUCACGCCUGAGAACAUGAGCUAUGUCUCCGUCGUCUUCACCGGAUUGGUAGCAUUUGUCAUAGCCCUCUGGUUCACAACCAAAAAGGGAACCUUCACAGGGCCUCAAAUCAAUAUUGAUCUUCUGAACGCUCGACGAAUGGCUGCUGUUCAGACGUUGGAGAGCACUCGCCCGACGGCUGAAUACCAUGCUCUUCGAAGUUCAGAGACCGUGAAGGAGGAUUAG